UUUUCCCACAAUACGGCCACACUACGCCGACAGUUUGUUUAUUCCGAAUUUAGCGGGAAUUUAAUUUCGCGAAAUAUUUAACAAAUUAGCCCCAAUGAAAUGCACAUUAGAAGGCAACAAUGCCAAAGUCAUUGCCAAGGCAAUUCAGUCGCUGUCCAAGGUGGGCAAAGAACUGUAUAUUGAGGCGGAUCAGCAGGGAUUGCAACUGAGAGCCAUCAAUGCCACCCACUCUGCGGUUGGCAGUAUAUCCUUUCAACGCUGUAUGUUUGAGACAUAUAAUUUACCAUCCAGUCAAUAUUGUUAUUGUAAAAUAUCGAUGAAAGUUUGCCUGGCCACAUUUCGCAACAUGAAGCAGGUGGAGCACUGUGAAAUGAGCAUUGUGGAGAAUCAUACGAAGUUGCAGGUAAAGCUACGAUGUAAAUUAGAGACUAUGAAACAGGCUCUUAUAGCCAUAAUUGACGAUCAGAAUAUUAAUGCUGCGGUAUCCAAGGAAGCGAGUCCAAAUGUCAUUCGCGGUGAUUUCAAAUUAUUUAUGGAAAUCUCCAAUAAUUUCAAUACAAACGAAGAGGAACUAACUCUCGAGGUCGAUUCAAAUAGUUUGGCAGCCAAAAACUAUAUAGAAGGCGCCCGGGUUAGUGAUCGUUUUAUGCGUUCGCAAUUAAAACUAAAAUCAAGUGAAUUUGAUCAGUAUCUGGUAACCAAAAAUACAGUAAUCACCUUUUGUAUACGAGAGUUUCGGGCAUUUCUACUAUUUGCCGAAACUCUGAAUGCACCAUUAAAUCUAGAGUUCAAUGAAGCUGGUGAUCCUUUUCUCUUGAAAAUUAACAAACACCAAGAAAUUGAAUGCAUCUUAAUAAUGUCGACCCUCUCACCGGACGAUGUGAGCUUCUCCGAAGAUAAUUGCCAACGGGAAUUGACUGUGGAUGAAACUCCCGACUCACAGCAGGUUGUGUCCAAAAAAAGAAAAAAUAGUCAACCGAUUGAGGCAAAUGCGCCCGAAAAAAGACGUGUAGAGCCAGAUGAUUCAUUAAUGGAGUCCAAUUCAUCGCUGUCGAAUUCGCUUUUUCAAUUUCGUCCCUCGGAGCCGCCAUCAGUAGAAGCAGUUCGUCAACUGGCUGAUGUGGAUACUCUCAUGGUUAUACCCGAUGAGGCAGAUGAAGAGGCUCUUAUGCUAGCCGCCGCUGAUGCAGCCAUGGCCACACAGAUGCCAAAGACUAAUCCAAAUCCAAGUGUUCCAAGUAGCACAGAGGUUUGCUUUUACAAUACAGAAGAUACGACUAUAGUGGACCAACAGCAGCAUCUGGAGGAAGAAGAGGAUGAUGAAGAGGAAAGCAUACCCCAAUCGCCUGAACGUGAACAAAGAAAAAUUCGUACAAUAUUCUCGCGAUGCUUUCAAAGCACUUAUGUGCCGCGCGAGCCAUCGCCAAAUAGCCAAGUCUAUGUCCCCAAUUCCGACACAGAGGAUUAGAAUUAGAGUUCUAGAUUUGUUAUAAUUGUAAAAUAAAGCAAAAAUUAAUAACUAAAACUAA